AAAUUUAUAUAGUAAAUUAUAGAAAUAGUAAUUGCUACUUACAUAUAUGGUAUAUUUAUUAAACUAAGCUGCUAACACACGUACCAAUGAUACCUUCUUUCUCUUGUAUAAAUAAAGGCCCUCAUACUCAUUGCAACCAUAUGGUAAAACUCAAAUAAUUCAGUUGUAAUAUUAGUUCCAUCAUCAUCGUCAUCAUCAUAAUUUUUCUCUCAGCUUCAUACCUCCUACUCUUUAACAAUGGCUGAAACUCCUCAAAAUCCUCAUAUUGCAAUUUUCCCUACUCCUGGUAUGGGUCACUUAAUCCCUCUUGUUGAAUUUUCUAAACGUCUCAUUUCACAACACAAAUUUUCUGUUACUCUUAUCCUUCCUACUGAUGGACCUAUCUCGAAUGCGCAAAAAAUAUUCCUUAAUUCACUUCCUUCUUCUAUGGAUUAUCAUCUUCUUCCUUCAGUUGAUUUUGAUGAUUUGCCUAAAGAUGUGAAGAUUGAGACACGUAUUUCCCUUACUGUUACACGUUCUUUACCUUCACUACGCGAAGUUUUUAAGAAAAUUAUUGAGUCGAAGAAAACUGUGGCACUCGUUGUUGAUCUUUUUGGUACUGAUGCAUUUGAUGUUGCUAUUGAGUUGAAAAUUUCUCCUUAUAUUUUCUUCCCUUCUACUGCUAUGUCUUUGUCUUUGUUUUUUUACUUGCAAAAACUUGAUGAAAAGGUUUCGUGUGAGUAUAGAGACUUGCCUGACCCGGUUCAGAUUCCGGGUUGUAUUCCUAUCCGUGGAAAGGAUCUUCUUGACCCGGUUCAGGACAGGAAAAAUGAAGCUUACAAAUGGCUUAUUCAUCAUUCGAAGAGGUAUAGAAUGGCAGAGGGAAUUGUAGCAAACAGCUUUAUGGAGUUGGAAGGAGGAGCUCUUAAAGCUUUGCAGGAGGAAGAGCCCGGUAAGCCACCCGUUUACCCGGUUGGCCCGCUUAUUCAGAUGGAUUCGGGUAGUAAGGUUGAUGGGUCGGAGUGUAUGGCGUGGCUGGAUGAACAGCCACGUGGCUCCGUCCUAUACAUCUCGUUCGGGAGUGGUGGGACCCUCUCUCAUGAGCAGCUUAUUGAACUUGCAUCAGGGUUGGAAAUGAGUGAACAAAGGUUCUUGUGGGUAAUUAGAUGUCCCAAUGACAAAAUAGCCAAUGCCACUUAUUUUAAUGUCCAAGAUUCAACCAACCCUCUCGAUUUCCUACCAAAAGGGUUCUUGGAAAAGACCAAAGGGUUAGGUUUAGUGGUGCCUAAUUGGGCCCCACAAGCCCGAAUCCUCAGCCACGACUCCACUGGCGGAUUCUUAACUCACUGUGGAUGGAACUCGACUCUGGAAAGCGUGGUCCACGGGAUACCACUCAUAGCUUGGCCACUCUAUGCCGAACAAAAAAUGAAUGCGGUUAUGCUAAGUGAGGAUAUAAAAGUGGCACUAAGGCCAAAAGUCAAUGAAGAAAAUGGAAUAGUGGGAAGAUUGGAAAUUGCUGAAGUUGUGAAAGGACUAAUGGAAGGUGAAGAAGGUAAAGGAGUGCGUAGUAGAAUGAGAGACCUUAAAGAUGUAGCGGUAAAAGUGUUGAGUGAAGAUGGUUCUUCUACAAAAGCACUGGCUGAAUUGGCAACUAAAAUGAAGGAAAAAGUGUCAAAUAAUUGAUAUAUAUAGCUAAACCAAUUAUUUGUGGCAAAAUUCUCCUAUGUAUCUAGCUUGGUCCAGUCCUAGUUUACGUAGUAAUUGUGAUUUGCAGUUGAAAAGUUAGACAUGUUUUUGGCUUAUGAACUUGUAUACAUCAAUGCAGACAACUUAUGAACUAUAACCUCGUAUAAUAAUAAAUAAUAUGAGUCAUUAUUAGUUAUGACAAA